UGUAUAGCAAGGUAACAAGCAACAAACGAACUCGCGAUGGUGAAUAUCUAUGAUUACACACACAGUACGUAGUCUAUAUGUCUAUAUCAGGUGCAAGACAACCUCAGGUGGUGCUAAAAGGAAAAGAGGAUGCCUGCGUCAUAGCUAUGGGUGCUAGGAAAUGGUAGGUGUAACAAAGUCGCCAGGCGGCGCAGCUCCACACCUCAUGGGGCAGUUUUCUCUCAAUCCGGUCCGCCUAUAUAUUCAUCCGUUUCUCCCUGCACGAGGCAACAAAAUGCCGAUUCUCCACGAAGAGGGAAUCACAUUCUCGACGUUCCCCACAAAGACGAAAACCCCUUUUCGUUGACUCGUUUUUGAAGAGGCGUGGUGCGCCCACGAGUAGCCAACACAGACGGCAGACGGGGGCUUCCGCACGGGACUUCCUCCUCUGGAAGAUCGGCAACACCGCGAUGCCCGCGGUCAUCAGACCAGACCCGCUCAUCAGGGGGAGCGGUAAGAACCGCGAUCGGGGUGCCUCGUCGCCUUUCGGGCUGCUCCUCCCGUCCCGCGGCCGCCGCUCCUCCUCCAUCUCUCUCAAAACACGCAUUCUUCGCUCCUCGUUCAGCUUCCCAGACAAUGCUCCAGAAGCAGGCGUCUCGGUUGUACCCAACAAGAAUGGGUUCGUCCACACCGUCAUACGCGCCUGGCAGCAGGACCUUCAUCUCAGGCUCCGACCCGACGAUAUCUGGCUCGCCAUCCUCGCCCAGUUCAGCCUGUUCGUCAACGGGAAUGCCGAGGCUCUCCGUCCCAUUUUCGUUGCCCACGAAGGUCGCCCUGAGCUCGUGGUCGAUGCCCGCCCGGCGACCGUCGAAACCGUCAAUCUCGGUGUGGUUGCGCAGCAGCUGGCUAAACAGGUAAAGCAGAACCUCAAGGAUCCUGCCAUCGCCACUACCCUUCUGCCCAGCUUUACCACCACAACGCCACAUGACCGGGCUACUGCCGCCAUGGUAUUCCUCGGCGCUAUGAAGGAGUAUUUUAGCUACGGUGUUCGCUUCGGUUGUAGCUUCCCAUCGGUGACGCUGUUGGGCGAACGAAGUGACUGGGCUGAUAUGCUGAAACGCGUCACCUGGUUUGGAACUAUCGACCACGAGGAGACAAUUGAGUGGACAUUGCGGCUAACCAAAGUACUUGAGUAUAUGGUUGCCAGCUUUGACCGUCCGGAGGACACGGAUGUCAAGAGCUUUUGGACGCACGCAGUGCAUGAAACGGGAGCGGACACUUCCGGCAAUAUACUUACUCUUUCCGGGUGGCUGACGGCCUUUUGUUGGUGGGGUGCUGAUGGCCAGAGGAUAAAGAGCUUUAGUGAUGAAGAGCUUUCUCGUUAUCAACUGGAAGGGGAGCCGGACGGAUAUCGGAGGUUAAGGCUAAACGGCGUCGAGUUUCCCGUGAUUCAGCGGAAGAAAGUCCCUGCGAGCGUUGUGAAAGUUCCUCUAACGCUGUACCAGGACGGGCUUGAGCCCAGGAAGGCGUCGUUAUUGGCUGGGUCGAUGGGGAUGCAGGUCAUUGGAGAAGAUGAUGAGACCUCGGUCCAGCCUGUUUCAGGGUGGUGGUUGCUGUCAGCCUCAUGAGAGGUUCCCGAAGGUGACACAGGAGAUGCUAGAUACGUAGGUAGGUUAGGGAAGUCCCAUACAGUGUUCACUGUAUUACUAUGCUAGGCCUAUCGUAAGAUAGACCUCUACCCCAUUGCUACCGCCAUCAGCUAAAGGUACGGAAC